GCAAAGUAUAAAAAAAAAAAAAGUAUUUCCACGGACAAGCAAAACACUCCCGCAGAUCGCAAAGCAAAAUUCACGACACGCACGCGCGCACGUGCUACCGCCAGCAAAAUUUCUCGUCUCCUUCUCCCGCCCACAUCGAACCCUUUGUUUGUCAGACACUCCCGUACUAAACUCGAGCUCUCUUUACUCAAAAUCGGAGGCUCUGCCGUAACUGUGGCGUUGCCUUGGAAUAAGGUCAGAGAAUAGUCACAAGAAAAAUGGCGCCAUCCUCUCCGCCGUCGCCGUCUACCUCCUCCAAUCCAUCGCCUUCGAAAGGGAAAGAGAGGAAGAAAGAGGGGCUAGGGUGGAUAGAGUGGAUUCGAGGAUGGAUGUACUUGAUAUACGAGAUGUUGUUUCAGAGAAUCUUGGCCCGUCACUUGCAGAAUCCUCUCCCAUUGCCUCCCGUUAACGACCUCACUUGCGUCGUCACCGGAUCCACCAGCGGCAUCGGCCGUCAAAUCGCCAGGCAACUAGCGGAGGCAGGUGCUCACGUUGUUAUGGCGGUUAGAAACGUGAAGACGGCUAACGAGUUGAUCCAGAAGUGGCAGACUGAGUGGGCUGGGAAAGGCCUUCCACUCAACAUUGAGGUGAUGGAACUUGAUCUUCUCUCAUUGGAAUCAGUUGUGAGGUUUGCUGAAGCGUGGAAUGCUAAUUCACGGCCUCUGAAUGUCCUUAUCAACAACGCUGGCAUUUUUUCCAUAGGAGAACCUCAAAGGUUUUCAAGAGAUGGGUACGAACAGCACAUGCAAGUGAAUCAUCUUGCUCCAGCAUUACUGUCAAUACUACUUUUGCCAUCCCUAAUUAGAGGCUCUCCUAGUAGAAUUGUCAAUGUGAAUUCAGUGAUGCAUUAUGUUGGCUACGUUGACACAGAAGACUUGAAUGUUACAUCUGGGAAGAGAAAAUAUACAAGUGUGGUGGGAUACACUAGUAGCAAGUUAGCACAGGUCAUGUUCAGCAAUGUUCUCCACAAGCGCCUACCUGGUGAAGCUGGAAUUAGCAUAGUGUGUGUUGAUCCCGGAAUCGUACAUACAAAUGUUGCAAGGGACCUUCCAAUAAUUAUGCAGGCCGGAUAUAAUCUGAUACCUUAUUUCAUCUUCACUCCCGCAGAAGGUGCCCGGAGUGCACUUUUCGCUGCUACUGAUCCCCAGAUGUCAGAGUACUGUCAAGUGUUGAAAACAGAGGACCGUCCGGCUUGUGCUUUCAUCUCCCAAGACUGCCGACCGGCGAACCCUUCAGAAGAAGCGCACAAGGCCGAGCAAUCACAUAAACUAUGGGAAAAGACACUGGAACUGGUUGGUCUUCCACUGGACGCCAUGGAGAAGCUGCUCCAAGGGGAAGAAGUCGUUUGCCUUCGAUACUCGAACCACAAAAAGGAGUAGUCCGACAUUGUUCUGUUCGUUGUCGGUUUUUGUCAAGUCACACGGGAGAAUUCUGUCAAACAUAACAAGUUAGACAAGCUGUUAUGCUGUUGUUUUGCUCCUUUGGUUUUAUCAUGACCUCUGACUGCUAUGAGAGAGCUUCUCAGGUGAAGUCCCAUUUCCUUACUUUAAGGUCACCGUUCCUAUGGAACAACAUUUAUAUCGUCAUGUUGCCUUGCUAGCUGAUGACCAUAUUCACC